GAAGAAUCAUUUUUCGCGCGCUUCUUCAUCGAUAUGCGCGUAUUUUGUACUGUCUUCCUAUUUUCGCUUGGUUGUUGGGAUCGUUCCAUUUGCGAGGUAAGCUGGAAUAGUCUUCUAAAGUAAAUAUUGGUAUAAAUUAGACAAAUUUUACAGCUGAUAACCAGUCAAGUCGCUCGCCCGAACUUAAAGCUUUUUGUUUGUCGUUCGAAGCGACGAUUAAAGCUCGACGCGUGUUGCUCAAAAUUUAGAUUUGUCGUUUGCUUAUGUCAACAGAAAUUAACUGUGCAAUACACGUCAAAGUAACAUAGCUAAAGCUUGGAUAUACGUAAAUCUAGAAAACCUUAAGCUUUUAAGCAGUGAAUGUCAAUGAACAUGAUAUGUUUCCCCGUUGUGCAUUACGAACUCGCGAUCGUGAUAUCGAAAGAAUCGAAUGUGCAGAACGAACGCAGCUUUUGGUGCACCCUGCUUAACUUGAUUUGCCAAAUAUCUCCUUAUUUUAAGGCGCUUUUUCUAUUAGGUAGUGUUGAUGGAUAUUUCCCAACUGGCUUUUCUCAAAAGUUGCAAAAAAAUAAAUGAAAAAUCAGAGAAGGGUCUCUACAAGCUAUUCAUGUAUUGUGAUUUUGGCGCGCAAACCGCUGCAACUUGUUAAUUUGCAACGUUCGUAGGAAACACGCGCACAUAGAAAGCUUAAAUUCCAACUAUAAAAGCGGAAAAUUCAUUGAUUAAUUGAAAGUAAGACAAAAAUGAGCAUUUCUAAAGCGACAGAGAUGUUAAGGGAAACAAUAAUUUAAUUCUAAGGACAAAUUAUAAUUUCCUUUCAUUUUUGACGCGCGUAUAAUGUUGAUUGAUUGUAAAGUGUACAAUUAUUUUCGAUCCAUUAUCUUCGAAUUUAAACUGAACUGCAUCUAUUUUGAUAGCGUUUUAAUAAAGACAAUAGUCUUUGUGGCCAGAUAUUCUGAGGUUUAGUUGUUGAAACAAUUACUUAAAAAUACUCGACAAUAUGAGGUACAAACACAAUAGUUUCUUUCGUUAUUGAACGACAUGUAAAUAAGUGGCUGGUUAUUGUGAUGUUUAGCCAUUGAAACAUAAUGCAUUUCGUCGAGUAAUAGCCAUUCCUUGAUUAAUCGCCUCUCUCAAAUAAUCACCCCUUUUGCUAGAAAUAUCUAAAAUGAUUGCUGCCCUCGAAAAAUUACCCCCACUCCAACCCUCUUUCACCACCUUCUCUUUCUGUUAUUCCCUCCCUGUCAAGUUAAAGUAGAAUCUGAUCCAGCAAAACUGAUCAGUAAUUAUUCAAGCUCUGAAAAAUAAUCAAGGUACCAAAUUUGGAACACGUAAAAAGCCCAAGUUCAGUUUAUUUGAUGUGAUCAUUUUUUGAUUUAAUGGAAUAAGAAAAUAAAAGAUUUAUUGUAUGACUUCUAGACAGCAAUAUUUGAAAAUAUUCACCUUCCCUCAGGUAAUCGCCCCCUUUUGAUGCGAAAAAAGAAAAUAAUUGCCCCUGGCUAUUAUUUGAGAAAAUACGGUAUUUCUUUGUGUGCUCUAAAAGCGUAUGAAACUGUCCUAUGAGAUACAGAUGCCUAUGCCUCUGUCACCACUUACAUGUAUUUACAUCAAAAUAAUAUUUUAUUGUGUCUAAUACUUGUAGCAGCAAAAUGUUUAUAAAAGAUAUUUAUUGUGCUGCACUUGUCUGAUAUUUGUUAUGCUGAUUUUAUAGUUUAAAUUACACUGUACUUCUCCUCUCUAUCCUGCGCUACAGAUAGAAAUUAAUUUCUUGUUAAGUCCAUCUCCAAAACAGUGCCAAAAUCCUUGUGCUUGGUUCCUUUUUUUUCAAAGGUGUUUUAAGCUUCUUGCACUUAACUCAUUGAGGAGUUUUCUCCUUCAGCUGUGUUGCUUAUGGUCUUUGUUACCUAAGACAGGGCUUCUGAUAUUUCGCGAAAAAAAAAGCAAAAUUUCGCGGGAUUUUCAGGGGCAAAUUCGCGGAAAAAUCGGCCGAUUUCGUGGGAUUUUCGCGGGAGAAAAGUCAAAAUUCGCCGGAAAAUCGUUUCGAUUUCGCGGAAUUUUAGCAGAAAAAAGUCAAAUAUCGAAGGAUUUUUAGGGGCAAAUUCUUAGAAAAAUCGGCCGAUUUCCGGGCCUAUUUCACGAAAAAUUUCGGGGGAAAACUUAGCCAAGAAACCAUCAGUAAAAAACAGCCGAUUUCGCUGGAUUUUUUCUGGCAAAUUUCGCUAAAGUCGAUCAAUUUUGUGUCGAUAUGACCAGCGUUGUUUAGCGUUGUUUUUUUUAACAGGGAUAAUCAUUUGCUCUUUCAACAACAGUUCGCGCGAGAAAUGAGUGAAUGCUAAAGCUAUUAACAUUGUGGUUAGUGCCCAGUUUUUCGCAACAUUAAUCUAAGAACGCCUGGUAGUUUUGGGACGUUGUUUACUCGUUGCAGUGACGAAGUUUCAAGAUAAGUUUGGACGUUUUGGGUGAAUAAAACAGGUCUAAUGGCCAAGAUAAGUAUUAAAUAUGUUUUGCCGACAAGUAUUUAGAAAUAUUUCUGGCGGAUUUCGCGUUUUUGGGGGAAUUUCGCAGGAUUUCGCGGAAAAACCUGAAUUUCGCGGGUCCGCGACCGCGCGAAAUAUCAGAAGCCCUGCUAAGAGGUCUUCUUUACUAACCACAGUUUCAGCUAGAAAUGUGGCACAUUUGAGCGACUCUCAAUAUGGGAAAAUUAUGAAUUUUUACGCAGAAAUACGCACAUGCUCUUGUCACGCUAUUAGUCCUACACUUGAAAGCCAUGCUAUAUACUCAGUUUGUUUUAUUUUUCUAAUACUGUACUCCAAGAAGAUAUUUGGGCUAACUGGGAAUUCUCAGUGUUACAGUUGUCUUUAUAUGGAAGCAGAAAUCUGAAAAGAACUCAGUUCACUGCUGUAGAAAGGUUCACAAAAUCAGAAAAGACACCCCAACACACUACCAUGGCAUCUGUGACCGAAUUAAAAGUUAACCUCAGUAUCUGUCAACAGCUCUUCAAAUUCCUUAAAUUCAUUCUCCAACACAGUCUUGGACAAGCGUAGUAGGGACACUUCCACCCAAUGCUGAUGUUUUUAAUUCUGGCCUGUAUCCUUGUCCUCCUAAUGUUGUUUGUUGCAGUUACCGUAAAAUUCCGAAAAUAAGCUCCUCCAUGUAUAAGCCCCUCCAAGUAUAGGCCCCCGAAACUCGUAACGCAAAAACCCCUCUGUUAAAUCACCCCUCCAAAUAUAAGCCCUGCGCGGGUGCUUGUACUUGGAAAUUGCCCUCAAAUACAAAGUAAAACAAAGAAAAAUGGUAAAUUUCUGUCCAAGAAUAAGGCUAGCCCAAUCUAUUUUGAAGUGCAAAUUUGCCUCCAUACUUAAGCCCCUCCGAUUAUACCUAAGCCCCUCAAAAAGGGCCUUUCAAAGAUAUAAGCCCUGAAGCUUAUUUUCAGAAUUUUACCGUAGCUCACAAAAUCUUGCACACCAACAUUGGGAGGGCAAGAAGACAACAAAUAAUUGUCCCAACAAUUUUGACUGAGAGUAGCUGUAAGCGAUACUAAGUUAUGCCUUUAUCCGUUAUACCACUUGAAUGUUUCUUUGUUCUUGAGCGUUGCAUUCACACGCUGUAUUUUACUAUACACCGAAUGCAAAUGCAAAUAUGGUGGACCUCUCGGCCAGCCCGGGUCUAGUUGCGCAAAAGCGAGGCUAGUGAAGCCUAAGAGUUUUGUUUUGAUUGUAUGUCUUAGCGAUUGAGCCGAUCAAUAUGGUUUGCUUCGAGUUGUUGCAUGCCUGAGGGCCACCAAAAAGAAGAUUUUACUCAAGCUGGAUUAGCCUUCUUUUUUCCCGAGAUCUUUUCACAAACAAAGUUAAGGAUUCAUGAGAUUCGGCACAGCGAUAGGAAACACUUAACAGCAAUAGUGUGCUCGCUUCACUUGCUUUAGAUGAGAGGACUCUCGAGAGUAUUUGAAUGAAAUAAUUUUCCCCAGGGAUGGUGCUGUUCCAAGAUGUUUGCAUGGUCUGUUAUUUUAUCCAACAAAAGGUAAACAUUCUUGAGAACAGGAGCAUCCGCUGUGGACUGUAAGAUCUUUUAGAUUUCACGCUGAAAACAGCUGCAUUAAAAUAUAACAACAACAAUAACAAUCGCCUGUUAAUCCAACAAGCGUAGCCUGUGAAACUAUGUAAGAACCAGAAGAAAGCAACAUAUUUCAAGAAAAGUCCUUGACCAAAGUGCACUGAAAAAACUAACAGAGGAACUGUUGCCAACUGAGAAAGUAAGAAGAAGGAAAAAGGUUCUGGCAGAGAAAGAGCGUGCAAGUAUUCGAGCAUUGUAUUUGACCUUGCGCGUGAUAUAUUUUAACAACUUGUCGAAUGGUUUCGAGAUAAACUAACAGCGAUUUUCCAAAAGUUGCUUCUUUUAUGGCACUGCUCAAACUCUUGAACACAGGAUCGUGAAGACUGUGGAAACAUUCUGCCUUGUCGUCUGUUGUUGUGUCCCUGAGAGCGCCUAAAGAUUGGUAAGUUGCGACGGCGGAUUCACUCAUUCUUGAGGGUAUUUACCUUUCCUUGGUAAGAGAACAAACAAAGCAAAUUAAACUUGAAACAGAACCACGAAUCUUUCAGUUAUUCACCCAUUCUAAUAGUUUCGUGAGUCUUCUCUUCUGAAGUGAAGCGAGCACACUUUCGUUCUUUUAACUCCAUGGUAGUAAAGUGCCUCCAUUCGCUGCGCCGAAUCGCUUGAAUCCAUUUCUUUCUUUGUAAAGAACUUUGGCAAAGCGAAGAUAAUCAACUUUUGUCUCUGCUGGAGUUAAAUCUCCUCUUUGAUGGCUCUUAAGCACGUAACAACUCGAAGGAAACCACAUUGAUCGACUGAAUCGCUAAGACGCGCAGUCAAAACAAAACUAUCGAGGCCUCACUAGUCUCACUAGCAACUAGACCCGGGCCGACCGAGAGAUCCACCAUAUUUGCAUUCAGUGUAUAGUAGCUUAGAAUGCAUCAGUUGUUUGUAUUUUCCCCACCACACCCUUCCUUUUGCUUCAAUUAAGCUGGGCUUACUGGCUUGGGUGCACACCUGUCCCUCUUCACAGUGCAUACACGUAGUGCGCGAUGAGAAUCGCAUAGCGCGCAACGCGAUUCUUAUCGCACAGGAAGCAAGACACAACUGGUAACUUACUUUUGAGCGGUACUGUUAUGGCUGCUUUUGGGCCUAAAAAUGCUAGCAAGGGCUGGUGAUCUGUCACUAGUGUAAACUUUCGUCCAUAUAGGAACUGAUGAAAUUUUUUAACCCCGUACAUGUACACAAUGGACAAAGCUUCGCGUUUUAUCUGUGCAUAGUGUCUGUCGCUUGAGCUUAGAGUACGGGAGGCAUAGGCUAUUGGCCUUUCUUGACCGUCAUCCAUUAUGACUUAACACUGCUCUUAGGCCAUAACUUGAUGCAUCACAGGCUAACCUUAAUUCCCGAUUCAGGUCAUAGUGGACUAACAGUGAAUCACUACUUAGGCCCUCCUUACAGGCUUCAAAAGCUUUCUGGCAGUCGUGUGUCCACUCCCACUACAUGCCCUUUUGCAAAAGCUUAUGCAAGGGUGCCAACAUUGUGGCUAGCCCUGGUAGGAAAGAAUGAUAGUAUUGCACCAUGCCUAGGAAAGAUCUCAGUUCACUUACAUUGUGAGGGGUGGGUGCUUUCUUUACUGCAUUGAUUCCACUGGUUGCAGACCUACUGCACUGAUUUUAGGCCUAAGUAGACCACUUCAGGUUUCAAAAACUCACAUUUGGGAAGUUUCAAAUGCAAAUUGUACUUGUGUAACCUGUCCAAAACGUCUGCAAGUAUCUUAAGAUUCUCUUGCCAAUCAUUCCCACCUACCAAAAUGUCAUCCUGCUUACAUACACAUUUCUCAAUUCCCUGGAGAAUCUGAUCCACUUUUGCCUGAAAUAUUUUUGGGGAUGACUUGACACCAUAAGGUAGUUUCAAAUAGGAAUACAGACCUUUGUGGGUGCUAAUGGUCAAAAUUAAUACUCUUGACUUUCUUUGUCAACAUUCAGCUGUGCAUGCGCAUGUGAUAAAUCGAGUUUGCUAAAUACCUUUGAGCCUACAAGAGCAGUAUACAAAUCCUGAGUAGUGGGCAAGACAUAUGGCUCAUCCUCCACAGAUUGAUUAAUGGUCGCCUUAUAAUCUCCGCAAAUUCUCACAGUGUUGUCGGACUUUGGCACUACCACAAUUGGGCUUGCCCAACUCAACUUGUCAGUUUUCUUAAUCACCCCAUGUGCCUCGAGUUUGUCUAACUCUUUCUCUAUUUGCACCUUCAGGGCAUAAGGGACUCGACUUGCUUUCACAAAGAUAGGCUUUACAUUACUUUUCAUAGUGAUAUGUGCCUCAAGCCCCUUCGUGCCCUCAUAACUGUUGGUAAAUAAUUCAUGAUACUUUGACAGCAGAUUAGUUAGUUGACCCUCUGCACUGAUUGGGUUUUCAUUAGAGACACUUAAGAUCUCUCCCCAUGCCCAUGUUAUCAGACGCAGCCAAUUUUUACCAAGUAACAAUGAUAAAUAAUAAUAAUAAAAUAUUUAUAUAGCGCUUAUACUUUUCAGUGCUAAGCGCUUUACAAUGCUUCAAAAAUGUCUGAAUAAAAAAAUAAAAAUCUUAAAGUCAUUACACAUAUAUAUAUAUAUACAUAGUCACAAAAAUACAAAAUAAAAAACCUAAGAUAGUUCAUAAACUUGUUUAAAAAGAAAGGUCUUCAAUUUAGAUUUAAACUUAUUUACAUUAUCGAUCUAUCUAACAGGGUGCAAAGAAAAUCAUUUUUACAGCUUGCCAUUCGGGUAAGCUGAAGCUAGCAUUUACUAGCCCAGACAUCAUUUCAACUAGCCCCAAAACCUUUUCGUCGAGCAGAAUUGAUUUCACACUUCUUCUGUUAUUCGAAUUUCUCAAAGAACAUCACUUGCCCAUCGGGCAAGUUAAAAGCAGAUUUCACUAGCCCGAUAGCAAAAUCCACUAGCCCUGGCUAUCGGACACUACUUCCUUUGCACGCUGAUCUAAUGUCAAUAGGCAAAUCGUUCUAGAGUAUUGGGGCAAUGACUCAAAAAGCCCUGAAACCAUAUGUCUUUAAGUUGUAGGGCUUAAUAACAAGACACCACUUGUCUGAAGAUGAUCGAAGGUUCAUAAACAUGGAUUAGGUCAACCAAAUAAUGAGGAGCUAAAUUGUUGAGUAUCUUAAAACAAAUAAGAUUAAUCUUAAAGAUUAUUCUUUGCUCCACAGGUAGCCAGUGCAACUCUUUUAGAGUAUCACUUAUGUGAUCAAACUUACUUAAGCAGGCAAUCACAUGCGCUGCAGCGUUUUGGACACUUUGCAGUUUGUUAGUUUCAUACUUGGGAAGACCAUGUAAAAGCGAGUUGCAGAAAUCCAGCUUUGAAUUUAUCAAUGCGUGCACAAGAACUUCAGCCGUAGUGACAUUGAUAUACUCACGAAUCUUAGCUAUAUUUCUAAGGUGCUAGAAUGCCACUUUAACUUUGUUGUUAAUAUGAAAAGACAUUGUUACGGUGUUAUCGAAAAUGAUGCUGAUAUUACGUGCCUUAUUUGUAGGCUUGAUGAUAUCAGUUCCUAUUUUAAUAGAAGGUAGCCGUGGGGGCAGUCUGAACCUAGAAUAGAGAAUGAGAAGUUCUGUUUGGUCAGUAUUUAGUUUCAAUUUGUUAGAAGUCAUCCAGUUGGUGAUAUCGACAAGACAGCUUUCAAUCCGGGAAAUUGUAGUGGUAAGAUCAUCCUUAUCAUCGCAACUGAAGGUGGUGUACAGUUGAGUAUCAUCAGCAUAUUGAUGGAAGUCCAUGUCAUGCCACUGUAUUAGGUCACCUAGUGGGGCCGUGUACAACAGAUACAGCAGCAAACCCCUGGGGUACACGAAAUCUGAGCGGAUGAACUGAAGAGGUAAAUCCAUCAAUCUGAACUGACUGGGAAUGAUCCGUAAGAUAAGACUGAAGCCACAAAAGCGCUUUUCCUUUUAUACCAAACCUGGAUCGCAGUCUGUGUAACAAUAUCUUAUGAUCGACGGUGUCGAAGGCUGCUGAUAGGUCUAGCAGCAAGAGAACGACGCAUACGGUCUAUCGUGUUAAAUAAAACUUUGAAAUCCGAUAUAUUUUCUUUAAUAAGCGAGGCGUAAUAACUCAUCUUUGAAGAUUUCAAGAGCUUACGAACUCUACUACACUGAUCGGCAUAUUGCAGCUUAUCUGCUUUAGUUCCAGACUUACGCCAACGCCUUUCCAAUUUACGAUGUUUGCGUUUUUGUGCAGCAAUUUCCUCACUAUGCCACGGCGCAGAUGGACGAGAGGUUACAAAUCGUGUUUUCAAUGGAGCGUGCACAUCAACAACCUUGCUCAAUUCACUAUCAUAUUGAUCACAUAAAUCAUUCACAUUUCAUGCAGGUGAGGAGAAAAUUGUGGAAGCCAUGACAUCGUUGCGAAAUUCAAUUGGAUCAACACCACGAAUUUUCCGAUAUUGUUUUUUAACUUUUGGUGGACGUGGCCUGGCAAGUGAUAGUUUUGAAUGGAUAGCUGAGUGGUCAGACAAAUGAGGAUUCAAGGUUGACCAACUCUCAAUGAUGUCCUCACACGCUCGAGUGAUCAUCAAAUCAAGUGUGUGAUUAUCCUUAUGAUUAGGGCCAGAAACAUGUUGAAGUUACGUAGGUUUGGCACUGUAAUUACAUGUAACUACAACUAGUGGUGGUGAAUAGUGUUUAAUAUCCUUAUAAAUAACAUUGCACUGAAUUUCACCCGACACCUCAAGCGCGUUGAAGUAUAUACUUGAGUAUGGUAGUUCAUGCAAGACAAGCUUUUAUUGCGAGCCUCAAAAAAACGUGCUAUUUCGCAAGCGAGACAUCCAAAGUAAGCUUACACAAACUGUCAUCCGAAAAUGUAACUUGUGUGACAAAACAACUGUAAAAUUAUGUAACGAACAAAUCUACAUCAUCCCCCGUGUUGAUAAAAAGACAGAGUUCUUGUUAAGAUGAAAAUUAUUAGUUCCCAUUACAGAAAGAUCCUAUUUUGUGUAAGGAAAUAAAACUGCAAUGGUUAGACGUUAAUUGGUGAUUACUAAGGAUUGAUAUCAAGCACUGUUUUAAACUAGAAAUGUUUUUAUAAAAACUCAGAUUCUUUGCCAGUCAUCCUCACAUCCUUUAUAAGUCACUUGUGGUUAAAAAAGUCACUUUUGAGGUUUUAUUCAUAUCCAUAUUUCACUGGUGCUUUAAUGAUAUGCCUUGGUCAGGAUGUUCUGACGCUGUCUGGUGGAUUGUCGGGUUUCUGCUUUAUGGAGGUCUCGGGCCUCUGCUUUGGUGGGCUAGCUGUAACCUUGGUGUCUGGCGUUUCCACUGGCACUGAUGCACCUUCUUUCCGAAGAAGCUUUUGCAUUAGGUGGAGUGGGGGCAUAACCAGGGAUAGGCUUGAUAUGGACCCGGUCUCUGGAGCAUUGUGUUCUGGUUGCGUCGUCUUCCAUGGUGUAUGAUCGUUGUCCUUCCACUGAAAUGACCAUCCCACUUGACCAUCGGGCCUUCUUUUCCUGAGGAUUCUUCAUAAACAUGACUGUUUGAUGUUGCUCCAGCCUUGGUGGUUCACCUCUGUUUUCACUUUCAUUUGUUCUCUCUGCAUGCUUCACACGUCUAUGGCCUGCGUUGAUGCUGUUGUUGCUGUCAAACAGGCUGAGUGGUAUUGAGGGUAGGUCUGAUUUGACCUUCCUUUGAAACAUCAGCUCAUAGGGUGGAGGGGUGUUGGCGUCUAAUGGUGUGUCCCGGAUGUUCAGAAGUAUGUCUUCCAUUGACGUUUCUUCUUCCUUGGACUUCUCAAGCAACCUUUUGAGCCUCCCAAUGGUAUUUUGGCAGCAGCCGUUCUUCCACCAAGAGUGAGGGGUCCCUGGCUUGUGGAUGAUGUUGAAUUUCAAAAAGAAAACUUGGAAGUCGCUGGAAGUGUACUGAAAGCCUUGAUCGCUCACUACCUCCGUAGGGUAACCAAACUGGCUACAGACACUCUGAAAAUGUUGGAUCACUGUAUCUACUUCUUAGUUCUUGAUUGGCUUCACCCACAGGUACCCUGUGUGGUAGUUGACGAUGCUACUGUACCAUCAACCAGCAUCCUGGAAAAUGUCACAACCCAGAAUCUGCAUGGCAUUGGUUGUGAUCACAGGGAUAACCACUGCUUGUUUCUGUCUGGGUUGGUGCUCCAGACAGGAUGAGCAGGUCAGAAUAAGCCUCCUGAUCUGUUCAGACACACCAGGCCAGAACCACUUGUCUCUGGCUCUUUGGAUAGAUUUGUCCACUCCUUGAUAGACAAAUGGUGUAGCUUUCGGAAUAAGCACUCACGCAUUUUCUGCGGCACCAGGAACCUUUGGCUCUUCUCAACGAUCCCAUCGAUGACUGCAAUGUCAUGUCUGUAAUCCCAGUAAGCUGUGGCCAACUCUGGCACUUCAUUGUGGUGUUCUGCCCAUCCUUCCUGGCAUAGGCGUUCUAGCUCCUGGAAGACUGGAUCUUUCUUUUGAGUUGAUCGAAUCUUCUUGAUGUCAGAUUCAUUUGCCACAGCAACCUCACAUAUCCCAAUUUGGCUGGUCUCUCGGAUACUGGUCCUUAGUUGGGCGCUGGUGGCGGCCCUCACCUUAAGAGGCAGUCGGAUAAUGUGCAUCUCAACACCCUUGUAUUCGAUUGUGAAAUCGUAGCCUUGACAUCGCUGCAAAAGUUGUUGUGGCGGGGUGGUUGUGUCUCUUAUGUCUUUCUUAAUGAUCUGUUGUAAUGGACUGCGGUCACUGACUAUCUCAAAUCUUCGUCCAUACACAUACUGGAGUAUACAUUCACCCCGGCCCUUUUGGCUGGCAUCACACUCGGAAACGAUUUCUUUCUGUUUGUCAAAGUAUUGCGAUAUCGUGUUGUCUUAGACCUCCGCCUUCAGUGCUUCGAGUAUCUUGGUGUGUGUCUCUUCCCACACAAAUUCUGCAUUCUUCUUUACCAGAGCCCGGAGGUCCUGCGUUUUGGCAGCCAGGUUGGGUAUAAACUUUCCCAGGUCAGGGUGUCCGGUUCCUAUUUUUUCCUAUUUUUUGAGCCUAUUCCUAUUUUCUCCUAUUUUUAAACUAAAACCUCCUAUUUUUCCUACUUUUUAGCUGGUGAAGCCAAAAUUUGUAACAAAAUUGAAAAUGGAAUUAUAGUUGUAUGUGUUUUUGAGUGAAAUUUAUCAUAAAGCAAGUAGCAUGUUGACUUUGUUGUUCUAAUAUUAGUAGAAAUGACAGUUACAUUUGUUCUUUCCAUGACCUCUAUUGCCUAUGAGAGUUCUGUUAACAUUUUUUUUGUUACGUUUUGUAUAAUUUUCUCGUGCACUUGCAUGUAUUGUAUGAAGUGUUAUAGUCUUCGUGACUUGAAUAUUAGUAAAAUCCAACUAGUGGUCUAUUAUCAGUGCUGCGUUCUGAUUGGUUGAGCUACUACUAGGCUAUUUGUUAUAGCCCACUAGUAGUGAAAAGUGUGGGCUUUUUGGCAGCAAAAAAGGAUUAAAGUCUAGCUGUAACUAGGUAAAAUUUUUUUAUUCUCGAUAUUUUUGACCAACUAGUUGGAUUUUACAAAAACAAUUAUUCCUCUCGCCCCCGAUCAUUUCCUCUGAGCCAAUAGCCCAUUUGGCUGCUAUUGACUCAGAGCCCACUCGGGCUUGAGGAAUAAUUGUUAAAUAUUUUGCAUAGCCCACCGAAACUGCAUUUCAGUAUCUGUACAUGUUAUAUUUUAUAUUGAAGUCUUGCUCACUUUUAUGUUCAUCUUUGAAACUGAAAACAGGAUCAAGUUGUCCUCUCACAACACAGGCCAGAUAAAUCAUCCAAUCAGCUUCUUGUUUAAAAAACCAAUCACUAGCUGAUUCUGGAUGCUACAUGAAAAGAACAGACUAAAGUUUAGUUUAUGGCACUAGCUUUCUUGGUGAGCCCUUGUUAACAUCUAUACCUAAGCAACUGGUGAAGGAUCCAAUAUUUUGGUUGCAAAAUCGGUCUUGCAGUCAUAGCUAAACAGAGUGUUAUGUUCUUCUUAGAACUUAACCAUGACACACUUACAAUCUGGUACCAAGUAGAUCAGUGUCAUUUUGCAUACACUGCGGAGAGCCUGGUUCCGUACAUAAAAUUACGUGGUCUUUUGACUCAAACAGGCAUAUUCUCAACCAGCCACCGAUUGCAGAUUAACGGAAGGAAAGCUUUCCAUAGGACUUUUUUCGAUAUCCUUUAAUGACAACUCAAUCGUAAGAAAUUUCUAUCCUAAGAAAUUUCACUCUUCAAAGCUUUUGAAAGAUUUGCCGUCAACUUGAAGGGAAUUUCCAUAUGAUCACCUUUGAUUAUAGAACCACGCUCGACCUGUAAUCAAUCAUAUCAUUCCGAUUUAAUACAGUGUAACUGAGCCAAUAAACUAAACGUUACUGAUCAUUUUCACUCCUUCUUAGCCACGAAAGUUGAUCUAAAUCCUGUGAACAUAGAAUCUGAGGACUCGUAGCCUUUAUUAUAACCCUUAUGGGGUGCAGGGAAGCUAUCUUUGUCGACAAAAGUACUUUUGAUUUUCCUAUUUUUCUCCUAUUUUUUUAAUGCAAAGUUUCCUAUUUUUCCUAUUUUCUCAAUCCUGAGUUUCCUAUUUUCCUAUUUUUUUGAGCAACCAUGCCGCUGGACACCCUGCCAGGUAGUUGAACAUUCCUAGCAGUGACUGUAGCUCCUGCUUGUUCUUUGGCACAGCCAACCGCUUUAUCCCUCGGACCUUCUUUGUGUCUGGUUUUAAUCCCUCCUUCGUCAGGGUAUGGCCAAAAUAACUGAUCUCAUCUAAUAGGGUUUUUGCUUUCUUUGGAUUGAGCCUGAAGCCUGAGUCUUGACAUCGUUGGAUGAUCCUGUUUACUGCCAAAUCGUGUUCCUCCUUUGUCCUUGCAGCAAUUAGUACAUCAUCUGCGAUGCAAUAGACAUCAGGGAUGUCACUGAAUGUCUCAUCGACGGCACGUUGGAAUACAUCUUGGCUACUCAGGAGCCCAAAUGGAAGCCUUUUGUAUGCAUAUUGUCCAAAUGGUGUGUUGAAGGUGAGUAGGUGUACGCUGUCUGGAUGUACUUCAGUAUUCCAAUAGUCUGACGAUUGGUCAAGGGUGGAGAAAUACUUGCAACCGUGUGAUUUCUGUAAUAUAUCUUCCAUUGUCAUUGCAUAAUGGUGUGGCCUUUUCACUGCCUUGUUUAGUGGCUUUGGAUUUAGGCAUAUCCGGAUGUCUCCAUUGGGCUUGGGUGUGCACAGUACAUUGCUUACCCACGGUGUUGCCUCUUCUUGCUUCUUGAUGACACCGAUGCCCACCAUCCAGUCUAAGUUCUUCUUCAGAGGCUCCUGCAUUGGUGGAGGUACACUGUAUCUGUGGCUGACCACUGGUUGGACUUUUUCAUUUAUCUUGAUCUGGUAUUGGUAGCCAUUUAGCUUUCUGACGCCUUCAAACACGUCACUGGCAUCCUUAAGGACUUUGGUUGUAUCCCUGAUUUCAAUGGGCUUCCUCACCUUGAGAGAGUACUUGGGUUUUGCUGGGUCUUGGUCUGGUGGUGGAGUAACUUCUUUUUCCUCUUCAGUACCGUCUCUGACCUCACUCACGUCAUAGGGGCCAUGGCAGUUCUUGCAGUCCGUCUCCUCCUCACACAUAAUCUUGAUGAUUUUCAUUGCACGGGGGAAUUUUAGUGAGAACAAGUUACCGCCACAGUCGGAUACAAAGAAUUCAAUGCGUCGGCCAACGACAUCAUUGUGGCAAACACAGUCAAUAUAGAAUUCCCCGUGGUUCUUGAAGCGCUUUCCUCCAUAGCCUGUGAGUUUCACUUGACUGUCGUGCAGAAUUCUCUCUGCAUCAUGGCCAAAGAUUUCUCGGAAUGUCAUAUAAUUCAUCAAGUUCACCUGAGCUCCAGUGUCGACCUUGCCCUGGAACCUUCUUUGUAUUCCUGUCCGGUAAUUCAAGCUCAACAGUGGCAUACAAUACAUCAGGGGAUUGGUCUUCGUCUUAAUAGACCUUGGUGACCUGUUUGGGCAGUUUCUUGCUCAAAUGUGUCUUGGUAGACUUGGUUUCUUCAGCCUUUGCUUCUAUUGAGUCAACUUGCACUGUGACCUUGUCAGUGUCAUACUCUGAGAAGUCUGCUUCGCUACCUCCUGAGUCUGCAGUUGCUUCAUGAAACUUCUUUUUGAGUCUGGGUAUUUGUUUCUGCUGGGUAGAUCGCUUGCUGGAAGGAUUGGCGUUUGCCUUGGUAUGGCACUGCUCAGCAAAGUGGCCCUUCUUUUUGCAUUUACUGCAUUCUUUCCCGUAGGCAGGGCACUGUUUGGGACGGAGUUUUCGUCCGCAUCUUUUGCAGUUGUACUGAUUUUUGGUGCGUCCAUCACUGGAAGCCUUGGACUUUUUGCUGAAGGACUUCUUCUGUUGUCUGAGCUCCUCUGUGCUUUUAGUUUCUCCCAGGUUGUGGUCCCUCCUAAUCUUUUCCACUUCGGGUAUGUGCGUCUGACCUUGUUCCUCAGCUCUGGCGGUGUCGAGAACACGGCUGGGGUCUACAUCUUUUUCUAGUGCAUAGACUUUCUCUUUCUACGUCACACCUCACCAGUGUACGUAAGUACUACCUUAGAUGGAGUUAAGGGUGUGUCUGCAAACUUCUCCAGAUAUACACUGUGUUAUGGAAUAGUCUGCAGCAGUAUCUACCUCCAUUUUGCAUGGUUUCCCAUUGAUCAACAUUUCUACCGAAUAACCACUGGGACUAGGCCUGUUUGUGUUGAGCGAAUACAAUGACUAAAUUCGUAAUUCAUCAUCACUUGACUCAGGGACAUGCAAGUUAUGGACCGUGCCCGUCUGCUCACUUUUGCUUCAACAGACAGAUGUUAGAUGACCGAUCUUAGAACACUGAUAACACUUUGCAGAGUUAAAUUUACAAGACUGACCUGAAUGAUCAUUACCACCACACCUAAAACAUUGUUCAUGAUUAGUCUUUUUGUUGUCCUGCGCAGUCAACUGGUUUACUUGAGGGCUUUCACUGAUGGUAGGGUGAAACUCCUGUGUGUUUCUUUCGGCCAUCUCCAUAGCCUUGGCAAUCCUACAAGCUUUCUCAAACGUCAGGUCCUCCGUGUUCAAUAGUUUGUUUUGAAUCUUCGGGUUGCUCAGUCCGCAAACAUAGCCUUGGCAAUCCUACAAGCUUUCUCAAACGUCAGGUCCUCCGUGUUCAAUAGUUUGUUUUGAAUCUUCGGGUUGCUCAGUCCGCAAACAAAUCGGUCUCGUAACACUCGAUCCAAAAAUUCACUGUAGUUACAGUGAACAGCCAGUUUCUUCAACGCUAACAUGUAAUCCCCAACAGAUUCUCGGGACUUCUGAUUUCGGGUUCCAAAAUGGAAACUUUGCACAAUUUCCAGCGGUUUUGGAUUGUCAUGCUUCUCCAGGACAUGUACAAUGUCAACAAAUGGUGUGUCUUUGGGCUUAGUGGGCACCAGUAGAUUACUGACAGUUAAAUGGACCUCAGCUCCAACUUCUGUGAGGAAUAUAGCUCAUUUUCCCUCGGCUACUACUCGAUUUGCUUGAGUGCUACCCUCACCUGUUGUCUCAACGAUAUUAUUUGCAGGGAGGAACAUUUUCAUUCUUUCUACGUAUGCAUUAAACGUUUCACGCUCAGCGAUGAAUUUGUCGACAUGACCAAACAGUCCAGUGCUGGUCAUUCUGUACUCCACAACACACAGUGUUGCCCCAAAACCUUGCACUGUUGAUGUUUGAGGAAAUUUGUUCGCAUCUUGUCACCAAAAUGGAAUAUACUAAUCAAACUGCAUGACUCGACACUAAGCAGGACACAUCAUGGCGGGUUCCAACGACUAGUUUUAUUCCUCAUAGCAUGGUGGGUAAUGACAGCUUUCUCAGAGGGUACUCAAUAUAUUACAGAAACUCCCCGUAAAAGUGCAUUGUACACCCACAAUGUAUAGUAAAUUACAUAAUAUAUGUUUGCCUACACCUCUACAUUGUACAGUUUGUAUGCCCUGACUUAGUAGCGUUUUGUUCCAGUUUUUUUUUCUCAAGUGUAACUACAUGUAUUCUUUAUUACACCACUGUACAGUCUGUUUUAUUUGUUACCUGUUGUAUCUCUAAUUUAAAGAUUAUUUACAUUAUUUUUGUAAUGGUUGCCUUGGUCCUUAUCAUAGUCUUGCCUGUGCCUUGUUUGGCAUUUACAGCUGUAGGUUUUGUUGUUCCUUACAGAAUUUCCACUGGCCUCAAAAUCCAGGCUUCUGAGAGAGCUCCACCGUUUCGUGAAGGAUGCUUGGCUUGAGUGGGAAAUGUGUGCAAAUCAGCCCUGGAGAUGAAGGCAGGUAUGACAUGGUUGAGGGAAUUCGCCUUGGUCUGGAGAGAGAAUUUCGAGAUUGGAAAAGUCCAAGAGAAACCCACAUGGUUCCUGAUUCAUUCCCAUCACACCAGAGCAACAAAGGAUCCAGUGCAGAGGAAGUAAUAUACGAUCUUUUGAAACAGUGUGGCACCCAACGUGAGGAACCAAUGUUUGUGGUUCAUUCAUGUCCCUUUAGUGAACAUAUUCCAGAAAGUGGAAGGAAAAAAUCCUGGAUCAUGGGAGAGACAGACUUUGUGAUAAUUCACAAGAUCCAUGGGCCAAUAUAUAUCGAGGUAAAGGCCACUGAUACUGGUAAAAGUUACAAAGAGGCAGAAGAACAGCUUCAGAAGGGCAAACUUGCAUUGCAGAAGCGGUUUGAAGAAGCGGUGAAAGGAGAAAUACCAACAAAAAAGGUUACAGAGAUGUUUAAGUAUCUUCCAGCUUUUGUGGCAAUGCCAAAUUGCCCACGUCCAUCUCCAGUUUGUUCUCAAGAUAAUGCUCUAUAUCAGGAAGAUUGUUGCAGCCUGGAGGCAUUUGUAAAAUGGUGGAAUGAUCAUGUUGCUAAUUCAAGGCAUCCUGCUGUUAGUCAGAAGAUGUAUGAAUGUCUUGUGAUGAGGUAAGCAGGAUUUCUUCUAUAACCCCUCAUAAUGAUCUCUUUGAUUUACACCACUGUGUAAGGAUAGUAUUCGCUAUAAAUGGCACUACAGUGGCUGCAAAAUUCACCUUUAGCUUAGCAUAUGUGUACUUGUAGGUAGCUGUUCUAUAAUAAUAUUUGCCAUGAUUUGUGGUUCACCUAUUGGUAAAAUGUAAUAAAUAUCAAGUAAUAUUACUAUGAUGACCAAGAAAUCUGAUUUGUGAUUUUUUGUUCACCAAUGUAAACUGCUGGUACACUGCAUUACCAUGAGGUUUUCAAAUUACCACAAAUUAUUGAAAAAAGAAAAAAAAAGUUGAUUCAACUGCAUGUAUGGGCGCAUUUUUUUUUCGGCGAGGAUGAAGAAUGUGCAGGCAGACGUAAGCUUCAAUCACAAACGAUCGUGUAACCAUAACGAAACUCUGAUUUCAGCUUCAUUCACACGGCAUUUUGACCCACAUUCAAAGAAAGAAACAAAAGCCAAUUAGCAAAAUGCAAUAUUCUUGACUGACAAUUAAUCAAAUCAUGAAAAAUGUCUUGAAACAAAAAUACUUUUCUGAUUUCAUUAAAAUGGAGAAAGUAGUGUGAUUGAAGUGUUGCGGAAAAUCUUUUUUAAAACCUUGUUUUCUGUUUGUUUGUAUCUUAGCCGACUUCGCAUGGAAGGCAAAUACUUAACUAGAUGAACCUUCCCUGGCUUAACGCCUUCUUUUUACAACCGUCACAACAACUACGUUUUCUUUAGAACUUCUCCUUUGUCAUUUACAGUCAGAAAACUGUUUAAAAAAUAACAGCUUGUGUUUUUUAAACACGAGGCCAUACAUCAUAUCAAAUUUAUCUUGCGAGUCACCGUAAGAAACUUGAAACUAGCGAUAUAGUUCUCACUACAUCUGCCUCCACCUUAGAUAUGCCAUUUAUUCUGCAAUAAGUCUUCUAACGUUCAAUUUACAAUAUCUUUAUUUCUAAGUUCUUAGGUUAUGACAUUUUAAAACUUCACAAAAACGUUAUAGUGAUCAGGGUUAAGUACUGAGAAGAGUGUUUAAGGCUAAGCACUGACUCGAAAUGGUUAGCUUUCUAUUACUGUUAGGUUUGUCACCACAAAAAAUUAUGUAAAACGAAAACAUACCUUGCAGUAGAAUCCACUGUGGUGUACUACCGUGGUAUAGGCGAUGGAUUUCGGUUUCUAGGACUGCGGGUUCAGAACGUGCUUUUGCCACAUCAAUCUCCUUUUAUUUCUAAAGAAAACUGAAGGGACUUAGACUUACAAAAAAAGAUUAUAAGAGUAGAAAUUUGAAGAGACUCAGAAAUUUCAUGGCAGUGUAGCUAAUAGGGGAAGGCAGGGGAAGGAAUUUGUUCUGGAGGAUGCUGACCAGUCAAUGACAUGUUUCCAGAAUUUCCCAAUACCACCUUGCGCGCUUACUGAACCAGAAUAGAGUUCUGAAGUGUGAUGUUAUAAAAAAUUAGAUUUGUGAAGUCAUGGGAUUUGUCAGGAUCUUCUAACAUUGCAACAUCCAGGAGGCCUACUUGCCAAAAAUUAGCCUUUCGGGGCGAAUCAUCUCUGAGAUAUUAGCCCUGUUAUACUCCUCAGAGCAUAACUGGGUUACCGUGCAGCAUGAAAAUUUUGCGGGUUGACCUCGAUCCGCAAAAUUUAGUGCCCGCAGAGAAAAAAACCCGCAAAAUAAAACGCCGCAAAAAUUAACUCCCUUCAGUCAAAUUAAAAACUCUGCUUUUAAUGGACUUGUUGUGUAUGGUAGGGAUAGGCUUUUGUUUUGUUUUGCUGUUGUUCAGUCCCUUUGUGCAGUAAGAUAUUACAGUGAUUACCGUAUUAUUCUCCAUUAAAUAUGUAAGUAGAGUGAACUUUGACUCAACAUACCGUAACAUAAAAGUUGAGAAUACCCCCACUUCCCCACGGGGGGCAACGGCAAUUCCGAGAGGAGGGGUGUCCAAAAGGAGACAAUUGCCAAGGGGGUGGGGCAGGCGGUUGUUUACAGAGGUUUUUUUCAGGGGGCCUGAGUAAGAUUGGUAAGUUAUUAAUGAAUAACGGCUUUUUAAUGUUGAGGAAGCUAUCAGUUAUUUUACUGUUACCGGUGUUUCAAAACAAGUAUUAUUGUUUGCAUUGAUCAUUUUUUAUCUACGGUCGGCUAACUGCGUUAUUCACGGCUUACGCGAUAGUUUUCUUUAAUACAAUUGCCAUCGGCUCAUGAAUGAACUUCCAGUUAUCUAGCUGUUGCUUUAUUACACAUUUGAAUCACCGUAAUUUGGUCGUGUUCUAAGCUUUCUUGUAAGAUGUUGAAGUAAUGAAAGUCUUGGUGUUUAGUUUGAAUGUAACUGGUUCUUUUGCAGAUGAUAUUCGUGUAGUCAGUAGUGGAAGGUUUGCCUCUAUGGUUAAUUAUUAGUUAGGAACGUCCUUGAGGUUAUAAGACACUGUACUAACAUGAAUGAAAAGAUUUUUUUUUUCUCAUUUUAUCGCAGAAAAGUUAUAUUUCGCAUAAUAGUAUAGUGCAACAACAUUUUUGACACAAAUAUUCUUUCCGGAGGGUACCCAACCAAGUUGAAAUAUUGCGGAAAUUCCGGGGGGUGGGGGUAAGGCAAGCAAUUCCAGGGAUGUUUUCUGGAACUACACAACAACUCAAACUCACCUGAGAUGCAACUCCUCAAAGCUAGCAAGUGAGGUUAGAAACUCUUUAGUUUUCUGCGUUACUCUGCUGUAAAACCCUGCAUGAACUACAAAAACAGCCAUCGAUGAAACCACAAUACAGUGGCCAUAUUGAAUUAAUUAGAUUUAAGGAAUAUGGGAUGCCCAGGGGCAUUGUACUCGCUCAGUAUUUACGCGCGCUUUUCGGGGCAAUUUUUCUUAAAGGUUCCUAGAAUAAGAUUGUAUUUGUAAUGGGAAAAAAGAUCGUUCGGCCGUGUUUGGAUGUAAUAAUGAUCGCCGUUUUCCCGAGAAAUAUAUGUUUAAAGACGAUACCAGUUUCUACGGAAUGUCCAUAAUAUUAAUUAAUUCCUUUUUUACUCGCGUUUAGAAUCAGUAUCUGACCUCUUCUUCUUCUUCCUCCUAGUUGGUUACACUGGAAGCCUUUCCAUGGGAGCUUUUCUCUUACGUGUUAUACUAUUUCCCGAUCAUAGCCCUUCAAAAAGAGCGUGGGAUGAAGAUGACUGUCGACUGGUCUUCCAAAUUUAAAAUGAUUUGAGCAAACUUCAGUCUUUUCGUUCACCUUACAUCCCUUAAGCUUUAGUAGUCUCGUCCACGUACCCAAGUGCCUCGGGUCCUUCCAAGGCCAGAAACGUACUUCUGGUUUUCCUUCGAAGAAGCUGGUAUGGUCUUUCACCAUAUAUUUCUUGGGAAAACAGCGAUCAUUUUUACAUCCAAACACAACACAACGAUCUUUUUUCCCAUUACAAUCUUACUCUAGGAAACCGUUAAGAAAAAUUGGCGUGAAAAGCGCGCGUGAAUACUGAGCGAGUACAUGCCCCAUUCCUUAAAUCUAAUUAAUUCAAUAUAUCGGUAUAAAGGUUGCGACCUCAACCAAAACCCAAAUAGACUAAACACAACAAAGGAAUCUUGUACACAUUUGUGUUUUUUUUUUCCUUGGUGGCAGUGGAAAAACAUGAAAAGUUAAAAAAAAACGUAAAAUGACAAAACAAAUUUCUAGCUGCUGCGUUUUUAGCCAUCAAUAUUCACUUGUAAAAAUUAUGACCAAUCUUGGUCAAGGUUGUCAUCUGUAGGCGGGAACAAGGAGCAGUGACAAGCGAGGAAAAGAAAGUCAAAUUUUUGCAUAUAUAUUAUUAACAAGUAAUCACAUGAUUUUUCUCGUGCAAUUUGGGGUAAAUCAGCACUCGUAAUUUAAAAUUUACUUGUGCUGAUUUAACUCAAAUUGCACUCAAAAUCAUGUAAUUACCUAUACAAAUGGAACAACAGGAGGGCAAUUUGUAUAGGCAUGUGUCAAUUUGGUCUUAAGAAGUGUCUCAGGCCUGUUUCAAACGUCGUGCUACUGCCGUGCUAAGCUGGCUCGACUGUAGCUCGACUGCAAGCACGGCACUAGCACGACUUGGUUUCAGACGUCGAAUUUAAUUCAGUCGAAUAGAACGGCUGUUGACGAAAACAAAACACAAAAACAAAGAAACGGUUUAGCAAAUUUUUAAAUGUAUUCAAAUGUAUUUAUAGUUUAAGACUUGAGUUCGGCACGGCGGUAGCACGACGUUUGAAACCAAGUCGAGCUACUGCCGUGUAAAACGGCAAGGCUUGCCGUGCUACACGGCAGUAGCACGACUUGGUUUCAAACGUCGCGCUACUGCCGUGCUAAAGUCGAAUUUAAUUCGAUCAAUUGAGUUCGGCACAGCAGUAGCACGACGUUUGAAACGGGCCUCAGAGGCAUUUUCUCCAAUUUGUUAACGUUCACUACCAGCAUUUGCACCCUGUGUUCUGGAGCUAAAUGAAGUAUAUUGGGUGCGACGUACGACAAACGUGUUCCUUGGCCUCGAUGUCGCCCUUGAGAGGACAGUUUUUCGUUUCGAAAACAGUACAUCGAAGACAAGAUACCGGCUGAAUGUUGUUACGACCCUACAUUUCGCGCACAUUUAUUGCGCAGCAGGGAAAGAUGAGUACGAUCAUUUUUCGUCAAAAAGUAUCCAAUAGAUAUAUAUGCAGCAGUCAAUGUAAAUGCCCCACGGUGGGACUUUAAAAAGUGUACAAAUAUCCCUCCCGGGACAACACCAAAAUUACAUUUUCCUGUAAAUAAGCUGCCAAUACCAUAUUCGUGGGAAAUGUGUAAUAAUUUGUUCAAAACGCGUGAAGCACCCUACGCAAAUCGCUCUUAUAGCCGCUAGUUAUAAUUAUUGCAAAAAAGAUUACGUUGAUCUGAUUAAUAUCACUGACAGAACUAUAAACUAGGAUUUUAAUAAUGCCUUUCUUAGCGGAGCUCUCUCGCGCGCAUCGGAGCACCAUGGGUAACAAAAUUUGGUAAACUAUCCAUCCGAGAAAAUUUGGUUAUCCAUGGUUAUGACGUAGGUACGCCCGCCCACCCGUACACUCGUACACACACUUCAUGUAAGCCGAUGUCAAAUGUCACAAUAGAUCUUGCACAACUUGACUAGCCUUUCAGUUAUGUAAGCCAUCCGUAUGAGUACGAUUAGAUUGACAGCUGUCAAAAUCAGACGAUUCUGGAAACCUUGAUGACCUUCAGAAGCAGCAUCUCGACUGGUAAGCCUGAGCAAUUAUUGUCUUUGAUGUGUUUUUUUUUUCGGUUUCCUGAAGUCGAGCGUAUGGUUUAGGCGGCCUAAGUUUAUACACGAGCAAUGAUCUAACCUACAAUAGUAUCAGGUUUAAAAAGCCUUUAGACAUUUUUUGACCCCAAAUUCAAAGAAAAGGUUCCGAAGAAUAUUUAGUUAAGAUUUUGGCUGUAAACAGAAAGCUCUGAGCGAUUUUCUUGUCUCGACUUCAUCUUGAAAAAGAGCAAACACCGGCAAGCCGGCUUAAAACAUAAAUAAGCUUAUGCUUACCUGGCUCAUGAUUUUCAGAGACACUUUACUCUCAAUACUUGUCUUCGUGAAUGAAAAUUAUUGUCUCUGUACAUGUUUCACCGAAUUAUAUUUAUUUUAUUGAUUGUUAGUAGUCCCUCUCGCAAUUUUUAUCGCUGCACCGAUUGCUUCCAGUCGAACAUAAACAUCGCAUGCAGAAAUACUCAAAACGCCGCGCGUAAAUAUCACUCGCUUUUAAAGAUUACACAUAACAAAACCAUAAACAGUUUUAUAAAUAAAGGGAAGUAAAACCUAAACAUAACAAAUUCUCUAUCAUGUUGAAGCGUAAAUGGUAACUCCAUUAAUCGCACUGCAAAUUUGGUGCCUGUCAAAAGUGAGAACCCGUCCGGCUAACCGAAAAGGUGAUUUUGGGAAUUUUUUUUAUCGUUUUCACUAAAAGCCCAUAAUUAUUACCUUGCAUAGCACAUAGGAGCAGAUUUUUCUAACUGAAAAGUCCCGGCAUUAUGGAAUUCUCUUCAUGAAAACGUUUUAUAAUGUGGUCAAUGCUAUAAUUUGUUGUGCAAAGGAAGCUCGUGCUUUGAUCGUCCUGAAUAUUGAAUGACUGCAAUUUGUCUUGCAAAAUUGUGAAAAACUGCAGAAUUAUAGGUUAAAUAGGGCAAAAAAGGACAAAUUCUGUCCGAGGUCUGUAUGAUAAAAAAGGGCCUCAUGGUACUGUUUACCUGAGACGUGAUAUAUUCAUAUAGAGGUUUGCGCUAUAUGUGUGUAAAUUAUUAUUAUGAUGAUGAGAAAAAGUAUGUUUAAAAGGCUGGUUUACACGCCACCAGAUUCGUCGCCAAGAUUUACUUACUUGUAAAGUAAACUUGUCGAACACAAAAAAUCCCGCCGGAUUUUUUAUUUUGGCCUCCCUUUUAGACAGAGGAAUGCAACAUGUAAAUUGGCUGCCACCAAGGACAAUCGGGGCGCGUGUGUUACUUAAGAUUCUAUUUCGGGGUUGUCCAAUUAUCCCUAGUCUCUCAAACGGAGCAAUGUUGGAGAGACUGGUGAAUGCCACAUUAUGAUGCAACAGCUAAUGCAAAUACAAUACACGAAUAGGUGUACUUGUUUUCCAGACCUAAUCUACCGUGAUCGAACAUGAUUGCUAUUUUUGGGUGUACGAACAAGACUAUUAACUCGAUGUAAAAUUUGUUUCACUCUUGGACUGUCAAAUUAUUUUUCUUUAAAAUCACUUAGCCUUUCAGGGGCACCCAACGAGAAUAUAGUUCAAAACCACUUAAACGUAGCAUUGUUAAACGUAUUUUGGUAUUAAAGCGGUAGAUAUAGACAUUUUUAUCCCCUAAAAAUUUUUCAUCUGUUCGGAUUUCCUAGCUGAAAGUCUAGUGAUUCGAAAAUUAUAGGGAUCAAAACUUACCUAUUCGAAAAUUUCGGCCAGAAAAAAGGCUCCCGAAAAUUGUAGGUGACCUUUUUAGCGUAGAAAUCCGUCCAAAAUGGGCAAUUAUACCAUUUUUUAGAUGUUCGAAAAUCCUAGGAGAGGCGGACAAGCAAGAAAUUUUGGAAAAUUUGUUCCGAAAAUUCUAGAUCUCAAAUCGUCUUCCGAACAGAUAUUUUCCGAAAAUUGUCGUUGGGUGCCCUUGGCCUUUGCCUCAAAAGGCACAUGAAUGUGCCGUGAUCUGUGGAUUACAAGUUUAUUGUUUGAUUUAAAUUAUGAAUUUAUUAACGAGAGCUUUGUUUUUAGCCCUGGCAAAAUCUAUUUAUUAUUUCUGAAGAUAUUUAAUUUAGUGAAUGAUUAAAAAAAACCCGACGAGCUUAAAAUGAGUGUAUUUUCUCAACAAGAUAGAACCGUUUUGACAGCGUAUUAAUUGUCGCGGCAUUCAUCGUACAAUACACAAAGUUUAUACUAGCUUUCAAAAUAUUUCUCGCAGAGUGUUUUUUUUGCCUUAACUAUUCGCGCACAAAGAAAUUGUCUUUUCCUUUAAACUCUUCAAACGGUACACUGAUUGUUUUUUUCCUCCAUGUGCGAACUGAUCACGAUGGCAGGAAGCAGUUUCUUAGACGCAAAAAAUUCUGUUGGGUAGGGAAGAGUUGAAGGGAAAACCACACAUAUCUUUUUUAAAGCAUAAGUAUUAAAAAUAUUCUUGAUAGAAAUAUCUAAAGCUGUCUAACUUGGCAUGGGACGACUUAGCCACUUCUACAAGAAUUUACAAAUGCCCCACCCCCGGGCAGAGGUUUUCUGACAAAUCCCAUCGCUGGGACCGACAAGAUGACAAAUGCCCUGGGGGAUGGGCACGCUUGAAAUGGACUGAGCCAUUACAUCGCGAAGUCAAAAUCAGUGCCGGUAGCAUUUUGGUAUCGUACGAUGUGCUAUCUUUGUGUACCAACAUGCCGAGAUCCUCUCCGAGAAACCCUUCAGGAAAAACUGGUUUUAACUCUACAUACGAUCUAAACAUGCCUAAAGACGAUCUUGUUGAUAUCUUGAGCGUGGCCACCAAGAGUCAAUUGUUUCAGUUCAAUGGUGCCCUGUAUAAGCUAAAGCAAAUCAGUAAUGUGGCUAUGGAGUCACCCCCUCGGGCCCUUGUUAGCAUGUGUGUUCCUUGUUAGCAUGUGUGUUUAUGUAAUCAUUGGAAGAAAAACUAGAGCUGGGGCCAAGCAGCCUGGAGUGUCUAUUACCGCAGAUAUGUUGAUAAUACCGUCACUGUUAUGCCCGAUAUACAGUAACUACAGCUAUAGAUUUAGAGUACUUUAACUCCUUUGAAGUUUUGAACUCACAUUUAAUUCCAUUCUUUGGUAAUUGCGCCAUAAGGUCACGGAAACGUGGGGACAUUAUUCUGUUAUACCAUGUUUACCAAGGAAAUUGUGUUCCGUAGUCUUAAGGCUGACGUCUUUCGCAUUCUUUAAAAAAGUGAUUUACGCAACAGGACGGCAGGAAGAAGAGGACGGCAAAAUUCUUGUGUCUGACAAACGUGACGGGGCUAUUACUUGAGUGUUUUGCCGGAAAUUCUCUUAACAUUGAUGUUUACUUGCCCUUCUACAAAAAGAUCUGUUAAAGGAAUGUGAAGUUUGGUGGAAGGUGUUUUCAAACGAAAUUAUGGUCACGCUUGUCACACAAGGUCUGCCGUCUUCCCUCUACCGUCCUGGGCCGGGUUGUUCAAAGCCGGGUUAACUUAACCCAGGGUUAGUACAAAAUUUGAAUUCAGAUAUGAAAGCUUAAAAAGCAAAUUCAGUUUAAUUCUUUUUGUGUGCAAUUUGAUGAUUAAAUACUCUAAAUAGAGUAGAGAAAAUUUUCCGAGAAAAUGCUUUUAAUGAAAAGAAAAAGAGACCCAGGUUAAAAUUUAACCCUGGGUUAGCGCUAACCGGCCUUCGAACAACUCGGCCCUGUUGUGUAAGCUCACUAAUGAAAGGGGUGGGGGGGAGAGGGGCGUGAGGUUUUGGUUUGGAUGGCAGCGUUUUCUAGUAAUGACAUCAUAAUAGCUUCCAUUACUUUGCAAUUACCGGUGCUGUGCCAUUAGUGAUUACCUAGUUGGUUUUUUAAGACAAAUGGAACUGGUGCAAGCAUUUAUUUUGACUGACAGAGACUCUAUUUAUUUAACAACAACAACAACAACAAAACAAGUGUUAACGAGCUUGCGGUAUCUCUUCCUUAAAUGUUUCUGUCCACUGUGUCUCUCACUAACUCACAGGAUGGAUUUACAGCCCCAGCAGAUAUUAUAAGCCCAGAUAUUAUGAAGUCAAGGCCGGCUUAUUACAAGGAUUCUACUAUAAGUUGCUCAGUUAAAAUGAAUUAAUUUAAGUAUACUGCUAAUGUGAUUUGAAAGAACUUGAUCAUUGGGUCUUUCAUCUUUAGAUUUGUUGGACUGUCAUACCUGAGACCUUGCCUUGGUCUACGCAUUAAUGAUGAUGACGAGUACAUGAUUUUUCUCACACAAAAGGAGAUGCAGGUACUGGCAAGGAAAAGCGCCCCUGUCUUGUGGAUCAGGGGACCAGCAGGCAGCGGUAAAACCUUUCUGUUGAUUGAGAAAGCAAUAAUCCUGGCGCAAGGCAUACUUAAGGACCAUAGCAAGGAAAAGGAAAAGAUCAUGGUCCUGUGCUAUAAUCAAGUCUUGUGCAAGGCUUUAGAGAAAAAAAUUAAGAGCCGGUUGCCAGAAAAUGAAGAUGUGAGAUCUUUCUUACAUUUUCAGACAUUUACCACACUUGUAAAAAGUUUGGCUUGCUAUCCCUGGACCCCAAAGAGCAAGGAGGAGAAAGAAGAAUGUGUCAACGUAGCCUUGGAGAACCUUCAGACCCAGGCAGAGUCACCAUCGGGUAUUAAUUCGAUGUACGACCACAUCCUUGUGGAUGAAGGCCAAGACCUCUUUGGCGAGAACUGGCCAAAGCUUAUUCAGCACAUGCACAAGAAUUUCCAGCUUGACAAAGAAAAAUCUCGGGCUAAACGUGGUGUCUUCUGGGUGAUGUACGAUUUGAAUCAACACCUUUACUUUGCUAAAGAGCAGGCCGAUUCACACUUUGCAUUUCUUUCUAACAGUGUGGAACUCAAUGAAGUUCUUCGGAACACUGGAAAUGUCUUUAUGCAGUCAAUGAAGUACUACGAAUCUUUGCCUGAUGACAUUCCAAUCACAUUAGGGCAUGGCUUACCUGGUCUGCCAAUUGAAUGGGACGAUUCUUUGGUCAGGAGAAGUGGUGAGGAAAGAGAAGGUGCCAGGUCAGUCGUCCAAUGGAUAAAGAAACUUCAAAAACAAGGCGUCCGUCGAAGGCACAUUUGCAUUCUUGUUGAAAACCAAGAUAAACAGAGGCUGCUGAAACAUGAGAUUGAAGGCAUUGGAGAACAGUGUCAAACUGGUGAUGACCUGGUUGAGAAGUUUCUCAGUUGUGCUGUAUUGGAAAGUAUUCGGCGCUUUAAAGGCAUGGAAUCAAAAGUGGUUAUCUUGUAUAACCCUCCCUUCGAGGAUGGCCCAUCCAUGUGUACCAAGGAAUUGCUGUACGCUGCAAUGUCCCGGUGCUCUUGCUUCCUUGUUGUCAUCUCUACAAAAGAGGGAUGCAAGGUACUUAAGUCAGAUGUCGGUGUGAAUGAAGAAAGCAGAGGGAAAAGACCGUACACUUCACGGCUUUUAACAAGACCAGCAAGUGUGCUCCAAUCUCAGCAGCAGGGGAAUGUAAAUGAUGCUGAUGUCAGUCUUUGCAGUCUUCAGAAAAGUGGCCGUUCAGAAAAGCACUUCAAGCAACCUUCUGGUGGUGAUGAUGAUGAUGAUGAUGAUGUUUCAUUCUCUGAUCUCUUAGAAAUUUCACCUGAUCAAAUAAAGAUGUACAUGCAUCAUCAGAAGCUGAGAGAAAAACAAGCUGCGAGCAAUGAGCCACGCCCAAUGGAGGUUGAAGGUGGAAGCCUCAUUGAACCUGGCGACCCAAAUAUACCAGAUGCGAUACGAGGUAAUGCAUUCACUCUGCUUGAAGAGGUGGUUCAAGAAAACCUGAAAUACAUUCCAGAUGUGUGUAAGAUGAAUUACACAAUGAUAAUUGCAGCCAUUGAAUAUGAAGCCUACCAGAAAAGAAGAGCUGAAUGCCAUUCCCGCAGAUACACGGCUGAUUUAAGAAAGCUGAAAAUGGAAAUCAUUACUUGCAAUAAAAAGAAGAUCUGCCACGACUGUGUCAUGAAUGCAUUGAAAUCAGCCACCAAAAUAAGAGGUAUGGUUUUUGUGGAAUAUUUUAUC